UUAAUUCAAUAAAGCGCAGAAUAAAGUGUGGAGUGGGACAGAUUGGUAGUGCUGAUUUUUGACAGGUGGCACCCUUUUUGAGGUUACGUCCGUUUAAGUCACUUAAAAAUCAAGUUUUUGCGAAAUGGCUGAUCCAAAAUACGCUGAUUUGCCUGGAAUUGCCCAUGACGAGCCAGAUGUUUACGAAACCAAUGACCUGCCAGAGUCGGAGCAAGCCGUUGAUUUUUUCGAAGAAGAAAACGACUCAAUCGAGCGAAUUCACGUUUCAGCAAGUGAAGCGUUUAAUAAAUUCAAGGGCAAGUUUUUGAAAGCCAACAAUGUCGAUUUUUCCGAACGUAUCAGUAAAAAGAUACGGACGGGAUACGAUGCCAGGUCAGGCGAUUGGGAGUUGGUUGGAGAGGGCGAAAAGGAGACUCCGUUGCAAAAAUACCAGCGAUUGCAAUGCGAAAUGAAGGAAUUAAUGGAAGAAAUUACGAAAAUUCAAGCCGAGAAGAAGGGUGAUGAUGCUAAUUGUCUCGUUUCCAGUAGUCAAGUCGAACAAGCGCUUAAAAAACUGACUGACUUGAAACUAGAAGAGUCUUUGGGGGCUGAAGUUGUUUCGAGCAUUUCUGACCCACAAGGGACGCAAAUCAAAAAAUUGUUGUCACAACUGGAGCAGUUCAAAGCCAGUGCUCGUGAAAAAACCGAAUCUCAAGCCGAAAGUGACGGUUCCGGUAUUGUUUACCAGUUAAACUAUCGACCGGAACAAGCGCGUCUAGCUCAAACGACUCGAGUGGCUGAACUUGAGGGACGUUUGCAUCGUUUGGAGUCAAUUAUGGGAUCUUCUAACGAUAAAUUGACUCGAUUGGCAUCCGCAACUAAUAAAGGAACUUUAUUGGAGACAGCACAGCAUUUAAGCGCCACAGCUAGUUUACUUGAUUCGGCACAAUUGGAUCAUAUUGAGGGACGCUUGUCUUGUUUGCAGCAAAAAUUGGAUGCUAUAGCUGAGAAAAAGAAGGAAAUUGCACAAGAUGAAGAAAAAGAUAAAAUGAUUUUGGAGCUGUACGAGUUGGUUAAAAGCAGCGAAAAAAUCAAUAAACUCCUACCGCAAACAAUCGAGCGUUUGAAAGCCUUGGAAGCAUUGCAUACCAAAGCCACCGAUUUCGUCAAAACUCUGACUCAGAUUGAAACAAUUCAAUCGGAAGUUCAAGCAAACGUCCAAAACAACAAAACUCUGCUACAAGGCGUUCAAGAAAGUUUUGCAAUGAACUUGAACGAAAUCAACGCAACGGUGGUUAGUCUCGACGCUAGGAUCAAAGCUUUAAAGAAAAAAUAAUUUAUAGUAAAGUAAAAACUAAUUUAUUAACUUAUAAGAAUUUAUGUAACGUAUUUUUUUCUAUUUGUUCAAUAAACUAAGCAUUUUAUUGA